AUGCGCUGGUUAGAAGUGACGCUCAAUCAAAAGAGGAUAAGUCACUUAAACGCAAUGGGGGCAGCAAAAUCCGGUUUAAUACUCCACAUCCAGCCAACGCUCACUCUGAUCGACGACCAACUUCGCAAGGGCCCGUACAAAUCCGAGCAUCCUAAACCUCGGAAAUCGAAGCAAAACACGCACGAAAAAAGGAAGUCUACAAAACCACAGGGUAGCUCGUCGGCCAGUGAUACCACAAAGUCGGCGACUCCUAAAUCAGCUAGCAAAGGUCUAACCACUGAUAGUGCAGAGAAAAGUCACACCAUAUCCCACAUACGAUGCAGUGAAAGUUUAAUAACAUCGAGUCACUCUACGGACACGAAGAGCACGAAGCCACCCGUUCCUGAAAGGGUUCAUGAAGCUAUCAGCACCGAUAGUGUAGGGGAUGGAUGUGCCAUGCAGCUUACCGCUGCUGGUUAUAACUGCAAGGGAGGACAAGGAGAGUAG